CCUAAAUCGGUGCAACCAUUGAGUGAAACAUUGCUGAAUGUAUUAAGUACUUUAUCACAGUUGUUUUAAUCGACAUGAAAAACUAAUAACAAUAAUUUUAAGUAUGCAAUAGGUAGAAUGGAGUCCUCUCCGUCGAUUCCCAUUCAUCGUUUUCCAAGACGUUCUAAUUCCGUAUAUGUGUGUGUGUAGCUUGUUUUGGUGUUGCAGGCAGUCGCCCGCCGCCGCGAGGAUGAAUGAAUGGAGCGCGGGGCCAGGGACGACGGAAGCUGCGAAGGCGAGGUUGCGCACGCGCAUUCGUUCCACUCUCGCAGCCCGAGAACGACCGCCUCGUUCAGACAGCCUAAAGUUUCCGAAGUAAACGUACUGGUUGCUCGUUGUUUCGUGUUCGUUUCAAGUGUUUCAGUGUAUAAUCGGGUGUAUUGUACGCGCCUACAGCUACCGUCCUCACGUUACCCUUUACCUGCAGGGUAUCGAACGUACGAACAACAUCUACAAAAGUUUACCUGCGUGUUCUGUUGAAUGUAAAGUGAAAAGGCGCCAAGUACUCCUACGAUUGGAACAGACGAUAUGGCUGCCGCCGUACAAGUGUUAUAGCCCCCGUCUCGUGUAGUAUAGUCAUUAUAAUUGUCCGCAACCCACACCGCAUCUCCGCCAACCCGUUCCUCCUCUUCCAGCGAAUUACCACCCCGUUGGUAGAAAAGAGAGUGCGCGUACGCACCCCCACGUCCGCCGGUACAACCCCCCCUCCCAGUGAACCGUUAAGUGAAGUAAGUGCUAUUGGCGGUGAAAUGACAUGAGUCUUCAGGUUGCCGCAUCUCUUGAACUUUUAUUUAGCUAUUUUUGUUAUCGAACCCUUAAACAAACCACUGGAUUAAUAUCAACUCUUCUCCACCAAACACACUUUUUCGAGGUGAGAAUAAUAGAUUCUUUCUCCUCGAUGUUCGCGCCUUUCCUAGAAAAUCAAGACUAUCUAAAUGGGCCGAGCCAAUUAUGUUUUCAACCAAAUUCGAUUUAUUCAUUCAAUAACAACCGUAACUGGCCAAAAUAAAAAAAUCUGGCAUCCGGCGAUGACGGCGAAGACGGACCAAGGUGGUGCCUGGCGAGGCCGCUAGUUUGAACGGCCACAUGGAUAACCAUGGAGGCCGUACAUCGUUGCCGCGCGCGCAUCGGCCGCGGGCGCCUGUCAUGAGCGCCCCCGCGCCCCUAACGGCGCCCUUGACUCCCUUGCGGCCACCGCCGCCGGUCACACUAACCGCCCCCAGGCCUGAGGCCGACCGAUCAACUAACGAAUAUGUCGAAACACCGAUACGAGGCGGUUGCGGCGGAAACGCCGGCAUUGCCGUCACACCGCCGCCGCCCCCUUCGCCACCGUCGCUACAUGGAAGUACGACGGUGGUUGGAAGUUUGUUUCUGCCUCAUCAGCAGCCGCCUCACCAAAUACCACCGCCGCAACCACCGCGAGCUAUCCGACCCACGAGGCUACCGUUACCACCACCACCGCCACCCGUCACCAAACAACCCGUCACCAACACCAACGCGCCCAACAAAGACUCGACGACCACCAACGCUGGUGCCGCCCUCGAAUGUGCCGCACGACCUUCCAUCUUGUGUCCCGAGUGCGAAAAAUGCCGCUGCGAUUCAUGUCAGCAGCCUAGGCCGCUGCCAUCGCGUUGGAUUUGCGACAACCAGUGUCUUUGUUCCGCGGAGGCGGUUAUCGAUUACGCAUCGUGUCUGUGUUGCGUUAAGGCAUUGUUUUAUCACUGUUCCGAAUCAGAUAGUGGCGGUGCGGCCUCGUGCGCGGACGAUCCGUGCGGCUGCGGACCGCACAAACGGCUCGCGCGUUGGGGCUGUUUGGCCGCUCUCUCCUGGGUCCUACCCUGCCUCUGGUGCUACUGGCCGUUGCAGUGUUGUAAACGGGCUGUCGAAACGUGUUACGCGCGACAUUCGCGACGCGGCUGCCGUUGUCGGCCGCCGCUCGCCACCCCCGAAAAGAGGCUGCUCGAUUCCACAUCGGACUUUUAAUAAGUGUCAAUAUUACUUUUACUAUUAUUACCGUCAUCGUUGCAAGUGGCCAGAGACUACAGCGACCACUACAGUAACUGAUGUUUUUGUUGUGGUUUGUACAAGCAAAACGAUAUGGUUCGCGGUGACGUUUUUUAUAAGAGUGGCGCGGUGAUGUCGCGAAUGUUAGUGCCGAAAACGACGAUGGACCCAAGUCUUUAUAAUACGGCGCCGUGUGCUUUGUUUGUCCAGCUGUACAGGGAUCAUCUUCGCUCUCAAGAAACUGCGACGUUUUAAUCGUCGUUGCGAAAUAUAGCAAGCCCGAUUUCUAUACAACGAUUUUUUCUUGAAGGUGAGACUUAUUCAAAAUUUUACUUUUGGGAUCGAGCGCUUGCGCUCGAAACGAGAAUAUAUUUUUGGUUUCCUUUUUAUUUUUAUUUUUCCAUUUUUUAAUUUAAAUAUUUUUAUCUGGACGUUGGUAGAUACAAAGUAUCUAAUGUCGUCUAAUUUUUAAUGGUUCAGCUGCAUCAAAAUUUUAUAGAGUACAUAUCUUCGAGGUCUUAAGUAAAUAAAAUUUAAAUUCAAAAUUCAUUUUCCCAAAGGUAACCACAUUACCUAUUGUAAACACGAGAGAUUAUAAUUACUACUACUAACUUAACACGUAUCAGAACUGGGCAAAGCUUUCAACAAAAGCUCUUACUUAAAGUGCUUUAGCCCUUGAAGCCUCAAUUACAUUUUAAAAUCGAACGACUUUGAAUUACUAAUUGCUUCGAGAGCAACUUGAAGUCGUUUAAAUUAUAAAUUACAAAGCAAUUCGUUUACUAAAACCUAACUACUUCAUGAAAGGCUUGAAUUGCAAUGUUUCCAAGCCAUGAAGCACAUUUUCAAACAAAGUACUGAAACUCUGCUCAGGUCUGUUAGACGUACUAUUGAAAGUAAUUGACGGUAAAAAAGUAAUAUAGGUUUAAAGUGUGAAAUAACGUCUCACCUAGAACAUACUUUGUUGUUCUCGAAUUCUGGCUUUGCUAUCUGUACUGAUUUAAUUUCUCCGUGUUAUCCUAUAUGAAUAAAUACGAAUGGAGCGGAGUUGAAAAGAGCGGUAAUAAGAACGUUCCCUGUUCCAAGCCCGGCGUCCCGACUGCCUCUGUGUACCUAUUAUAUAGAUACUUUAUUAAUUUAUUUUUGUAAAUACAAAGUCUACAAUGAAUGUGUCGUAGCUACGAUGUUCGCGAGUCUGCGAUUAAAUAAAGCGCCCCCGUUAGGUAAAAUAGUGUUACGUCGAAAUGCCAAUUUGUGGUAUGUUGGUAUUAUGGAAACCCUAAGUACUUCACUGUACACACUGUAGAAGCAUUUACGCAAUGUGCCAAACAUUAGAGCAUUCCGAUUUUCUUACACACAAUAGCAAACUCUACAUUGGUAUUGAACUAAUGUCAUCUUUAAUAAAAUUAUUUCCGUCAGUAAUAAUAGAUAUACCUACAAUUUUUUUGUUGAAGACGUGGGUGGAAUGCUAUAGUUAUUUAUUUUGACGAAUAACUAGUUAAUUGUAUUUUAAUUUGUACAGAUUUUAGUAGAUAAAUAGUCAAUUUGAAAACCUCGCAACACUUGUUCCUGUUUCUAUUUUUGAAAGAUACUUAAAAAUGUGGCUUAUUGUAGUCAGUGGCUUCAAUUAAAAGCCACUCGUGUUUUAUAUAACUGUUAGCUUUACUUUUAGAUUUUCAACCGAUCUGUACAAAACAAAACACUUUCAGAAAAAGAAACGCCACUUAUACGAAUCCAAAUUUUACACAUUUUUUUUUGGUAUACAGUUUACCUACACGAUUUUAUGUUCUUUUAUUACUGAGAAUGUGAUGGCACUCUAGUCAGGAUCCGACCCUGUUCGGGGUUCGGUGCGCCUGCUGUAGGGGUGCGUUGUUUAGGGGGCGCUAAGGGGUCGACUCUCCAGUAUUAUCUAGUCCUUUGCGACGAGCGCUUUUUCUCGAAUUGUCCGCCAAAAACUCACAUUUUUCUUCUCGCCUGAUACGGAAAAUUCGAUAAGAAACCGCUCGCAUAUGUUAAAUUUAAUGUGUGAAUGUGUAUGAAUGUACGUAUGUAAAUUUUUAUGUAACAAAUGAAUUAUAAAUACGCUGUACUAUGUAUGUAACAACUCUCCAAGUGCAUAUGUUUACACAAAGAUAUAAAGGAUAUAAAUUCAGCUGUAUAUUGUGGACAAUUAUCUCUCAAACCUUCCUGUAUAUGUACCUACUACCAUUUAAUAGUUCAUUAAUCUAUAACCCCCGAUCCUUUUUAUUCGGUAUAGAAUGUGUACGUCUUUCUUCUUUUCCUUGUGGUAUUUUUUCCCCGAGAGAUAAUUCGUUCACCCUCAGGUAUUUCCAUAAGCAUACGAAAUUUUUGUGAAAGCGUUCACGUCUGAGGUGACAAGGUUCGACUUAAAAUAAUAAGCUCUGAGUGUCUUGUUGGUAUGGUAAUAGGGCGUUUGGUAUUUUAAUAAUAAUUAUACUAAAAGAAAAUAAACUAUUUUACAUCUUUGUUCGGCAGGGUCUGUGAUAAAAAAUAAUGCAAUUUUCAAUGGAUGUUUGCGACUGUCCCUCAGGCGCGAUUCGUUUUUUCACACAGUAAUACUACUACUACUUGUAAUACGUUAUUGUCUGUAUCCCUUCCACCGUGUUGCACUUAACGAUCUGUGCUUAUUUAACUCACCACCACAUAUGUACAUUUCGCAGUCCGAAACGGAAAUUUUUAUAUUAACGAAAACGUCUGAUACUUAGCGAUGUCAUCUGUGAUCGCUGAUUAAAAUGCUGUACUUCCACACACGAAAAAAAGUUCCGUUUUGUAAGCGAAAUCUACCUCAUAGGAGGACAGUACUCUCAAAAAAUUAUAUUCGGUGUCGUCUAUUGGCACAGCGUAGCUGUCAAGCUAUUGUAUAUGACUUGUACAUAUAAAUCUGUAAUAUUAUUAUAUAAAAUGUUAAUAACAGACCAACAUCAACAAUUA